GACACCAAUGCAAAGAUCCAGGCCUUGACCCAGGAAAUGAUGGAACCGUCCAGACCUUUGGAGGGCUUGAAGGACGAGGAAGUUGUUGAACCAGGCUCGUUGGUCCUUUCAGAACGUGAUGGUGAAUUUGUGGCUGGGAAGAAGGAGGUCUCUUUGGCCCACUGUCAUCCUCCCCCCUUUCGAGGUCUUGUUCGUGAUGAGUCCAGUCGAACUCUAUGUGAGCCCCCUUUGAGUGUGAAGUCUGCGUCAACCCAAAUGGACCCGAGUCCAUUUCCAACACACUCAGAACGCCCUGACUUGUAUGAGGAUGCCCAGCCCUGGGGGAGACCAGGUUAUACCCCACCAGGCACUCCUGCCGAAGUUUCCCCCAAAGCUCUUUUCAAGGGUGACAGCGCUAUCUUCUCAGACAUGGAGAUAGACAAGAGCCCAGGUGAGCGCGUGGCCCCAGAGAGUUUGGCCCCAGAGAUGCCAGACCCCUCUGCCACCAUGCGAUACAAACGGUCACCUCCUAGUGAAUCGGAUGGACCACCUUUGAAGAAGUCCAAAUCUGUUGGCUAUGACAAGUACUACCAUCAGCACUUUGGCCCAAAACACAUAGUACAACGCAAGAACAAGGAGAUCCUGGCAUCACCGGAGGUGAUGACGAUGUGGAAGUCACCGGAGGGCAGUGGUUGGGCAGGUUUGCAGUACAAGAUUCAAACAGUGUUGAACUCCCCUUGGGAGAAAUUGAAGGACCUUCUGAAGACCCAUGGGUCUUUCGAGGCUGUGGAAUGUGAAAUCAAAAAAUGGCAACGGGUGUCCAUGAAGAAGACCAAGCAGGGCCAAUGGGUUACCAAGCAGGAUCCAACUGGUUCCAUGUUUGACUCGGACGUUGUGCCUGAGUCCCACUCGCGACUUGUGCCGGAGACAGAGGGAUCGGAGAAAGACCAAGAAGAUGCGCUUAAGGGAGGUUCGUCUUCCUUCAAGUUGCUAGAUCCAAACUAUUACCAUUUCAUAUCAUCGGCGGGGUGGGAGUUAUAA